AUGUUCGACAUCGACCGGUUCCGUCCGCUGCUGAAAGAGAUUUGGGAUAAAGCAGCAGACAACGUUGUCUGGGACAGAGUAUAUGCAACUGUUGUCGAAGUCACGCCUCCCCCUAAGCCCAUACCUUUCUCUGAUCAAACGCCAUACUCUCAUACAACAAGUAGCUUUGUGAAUUCCUCUGGGCAACGGAAAUACACGGAUACUGUGCUAAGACAAGAGUUGGGCUCCAUAUUCAUUGGUGUCCCCAACUUCUUUGAGGUUUUCUUUCAAGGCGUCAAGGACCUUCAGACAAUAACGGCAGCCGUCCUACAGGAAUGCAAAUGUGAGGAUAAUGCGUUAUUUCACGAGGCCGGCUGGCAAGGUUGGCCUCCGAAUGCACAAGAAAAGGAUGUUCUGAACUGGCUCACGCGCAUUUUUGAGGACAUACUGAAGCUUGCUUCUAACCAUACGUCUGAGGUAAAAGCUCGAACCAUCAUGGCCCGUCCUUCCAAGUCUUUAGAAGGAUCCUCAGCGAGACGGAAGAUAGAUGUUGGCCGCCGAUAUGUGAGGGAGAUCUUCAAUACGCAAGAUACGCGCCGAUCUGUGCUAGGUUUCACCCUAUGUGGAUCUGUUAUGCGCCUUUGGGAAUUCGACCGUAUCGGAGCCACAGCAUCAUCGUCUUUCGACAUUAAUCCAGAACCCCUUCGGUUCAUAUCAGCGAUUCUGGGGUUCCUCCUGAUGGAUAACGAGCAACUCGGCUUUGACCCCAGCAUUAUCUCGUCAGAGAAUGGAGAGAGGUUUAUUCCAAUCCAUCGCGACGGACGGGAAGAACGUUUGAUUCUUGAAAGGCUUGUAAAGCCGUCCUCCUGUGUGGCUGGAAGGGCGACUACAUGCUGGAAAGCUCAUCUGGAUGACGAAGCCAAGACCCCUAUUAUUGUGAAGGACUCGUGGCAAUACCCGGAGCGUGCAGAAGAAGGCGAGAUACUGCAAGAUAUCGGGACACAAGGUGUGGUGAACGUGGCGCGGUAUUUUCAUCACCAGACAGUCAAAGCACAAGGCAACGUGGAUGACGAAUGCAGCAAUGUGCGCAAAGGUCUUGAUGUGACAAAAGCCUCUAACUGGAGACAAGUUCCCUCUCAAGUUUCUGAACCUAGCGACGUUCCCCGUCAAGGCAGUACGAGAAAGGUUAAACUCGGACAGAAGAGGUCAUCCAGUCAUACUGAGCCAUCCCUACCACCAGGUUAUGUGUCGCUACACAAGAAAGCGGGGGUUCUACAAGGGGAUAUCUCUACCGGCAACCUGAUCACCAACGAAAAGGAGCUCAACUGUUCUUGGCCCGCUUUCCUGAUCGAUUUGGACCUUGCUAUCAGGGAACACAGAGAUCAGGCAUCUGGCGCAAGGGGCAAGACUGGAACAAGAGCCUUCAUGGCUAUAGGUUUGCUACUAGGAGAGAAGCAUUCUUUUUGGCAUGAUUUGGAGUCCUUCUUCUGGGUCUUGUUCUGGAUAUGUAUCCAUUAUGACGGGCCAGGCAAAGAUAUUGGGCCGACAGACUUUGACUGUUGGAACUAUGACGACGACCAAAAACUAGCUAACACUAAAAAGGGGAUCGUGGAUGACGAAACCGAUUUCGAACAAACGGCAAGGAAGUAUUUUACACCCUACUACCGGUCACUGGUGCCAUGGGUGAACAGAUUGCGUCGGGUAAAUUUUCCUAACGAGUCGCGAAGAAAAAGCAGUGACACAGGGAUCUAUGGGCAAAUAAAACAUGUCCUCCGACGCGCAGCGGAAGACCCAGAUGUCAUAAGCGAUACCACUUAA